ACACACAUACAUGUACUAAAGAUGCACAGAGGGAGAGAGAGAAACCCCUGAUAUAUAUUCCUCCUAUAAUUUAGAAUGUAACCUUGAGUUGGUUGUGCUCUGAGUUUUGAACAUACUUCUUUUUACCUAACACACACUGAAGAUCUACUCUGAAUAUUUGAGAAGUACAACAGCAACACCAUCACUAAAAGAUCAUCAGAGGAGGAGUUCAAGAUGAUAGAUAAGCUUGUGACAGAAGAAAUUGUAACCUCAAAUGGUUUCUCUAACACCAACAAUCUUCCACCAGCUUCUUCCUUUCCUCCCCCCAUAAAGAAAAAAAGAAACCUUCCAGGAACCCCAGAUCCUGAGGCAGAAGUUAUCGCACUUUCACCGAAGACGCUAAUGGCCACAAACAGAUUCAUGUGUGAGAUUUGUGGAAAGGGUUUUCAAAGAGAUCAAAACCUUCAACUUCAUCGACGAGGUCACAACCUUCCAUGGAAGCUAAAGCAAAGGACAAGCAAAGAAGUGCGAAAGCGCGUUUACGUGUGCCCUGAGAAGUCUUGUGUCCAUAAUCACCCAUCAAGGGCACUUGGAGACUUGACUGGUAUUAAGAAGCAUUUUUGCAGGAAACAUGGUGAGAAGAAAUGGAAGUGUGCAAAGUGCUCUAAGUGUUAUGCCGUUCAGUCGGACUGGAAAGCUCAUUCCAAGACAUGUGGGACUAGAGAAUACAAGUGUGAUUGCGGAACUAUAUUUUCAAGGAGAGACAGCUUCAUCACUCAUAGAGCCUUCUGCGACGCUUUGGCCGAGGAAACUGCAAGGGUUACAGCAGCUUCUCAUUUCAACAAUGUAACACCAUCAGGAUCAGUUGGAAACAUAAACUACCACUUUGUCGGACCACCGGUUCUUGCUGGUCCAACAAUGGCUCACCAUUUCUCUAACUCUUCUAGCAUCUUCAAGCCCAUCUUAACCAACCCUGAAAACCAUCUUGACCCAACCCAACAAGAUGGACUUUCACUCUGGACCAGCAGUAACAAUAACAGUAACGGUAACGGUAACGUUAACAAUAAUGAACUGCGAGACUUGCAUCAAUUGGGCUAUCAAAAUCAUCCUCCCCAUUCAGAAUACCAACCAAAUUGGGGCGUGUUUGGAGUGAAAAAUACUUCGGAUCAUGACCCUAACGUAAGCGCGCCUCCUUCGUUAUUAAGCACUUUAAACAAUUUGCCUCAAACACACCCGUCUGCAAGCAUGUCCGCGACCGCUUUGCUGCAGAAAGCUGCACAAAUGGGGUCAACCUCCUCAGCGACUACCAAUCAUACAUCUUUCUUAGGAAACUUCGGAGUAAACUCUAGCAACAACUGCAAUAUUACUACUGAUACGGUUGCUACACAUGUUCAAGAUGAGAACAAGUUUUGUGGGUUGUAUGGAACAAGUCCUAUGAUGAAUAGUUAUCGUGGAAGUGAAUUGGAGAAUGAUUUUUCAAGUUUGGACGAGAUGUACCCUCCAUCUAAAAGAAGACAUAUACAUGUUGAAGAACAUCAUGGAGGGCAAACUAGGGAUUUCCUUGGUGUGGGUAUUCAGCCCAUCUCCCACCCUAGGAUAAGAUUUGAUCAUGUGUAAUAAAGUGGUUGCACGACAGAGAGAAAGAGAAGAGAAGAUCCAUGCAUCCUCAGAUGGUUGAGGACUUUUAAGAAAAUGAGCGGUGCUUUUUUUUUUUUUUUUUAAUUUCAUGAAAAAGAAGUGGUGUUGGUAGUGGUGAGGCUAAAUUAGAAAAUACAAAAAGGCCUUUCAAAACUCAAUUAUUGCUUAUCUAUA